AUGGAAACAGAAAAGAUGGAACCAAUAAGAACAAUUGGUAAAUAUUCAUUGAUGAAAGUUAUAGGUACAGGAGGAUUUGCUGAAGUUUAUUUAGCUAUAAAUACGAAAACAAAAGAAAAAGUUGCAAUCAAGAUCAUAAAAAGAAAAAUAACAGAAGAUAGCUUUUUGAUCCAGUAUAUAGAAAACGAAUUGAGGAUGAUAACACGAUUUGAUCAUCCAAAUAUCGUUAAAGUCCAAGAUAUAAUUUACACCCCAGAAGAAAUACUAAUAAUCAUGGAAUACUUGCCAAAUGGAGAUUUGCAGUCAUUUGUUGACACCAAAACAAGAACUGGACAGACGGAUCAGAUCAGAAUUGCAACAGAAAUUUUAGAAGGCAUAAAUUAUUUGCACAAACGUGGAAUAGCCCAUAGAGAUAUCAAGCCGGCUAACAUUAUGUUUGACGAGAAAAUGCAUCCAAAAAUAAUUGAUUUUGGAUUUUGUAGAGAGAAAUCAGCUCUACUAAAUACAUGCUGUGGAACACAGCCGUUGAUGGCUCCUGAAAUUGUUAUGGGAAAAACAUAUGACGGAUUAAAAGCAGAUAUUUGGUCAUACGGAGUAACCAUACACAUCAUGGCUAUGUUAGCCCUUCCAUUUGAAUUCCAAGGCUAUUCACAGUUCAUUCAUGAUGUGAAGAAUAAUUCCAUCAAAAUGUGUAUCAAAGCAACAGGAGUUAUUGGAUGGCUUGUGAAGAAUAGUUUAGCAUAUAAUGCUGAAGAGAGAGCAUCUUGUGAUGAUUUGCUGAACUACAUCAAAACAAAAACAGUGGCUGUUGCUCCUCAGCUUACAGUUCCUAUAGUGAAGAGGGCAAACACGUACACAGUCCUACAGCCAACGUCAAGGAUUAUCUCCAAAUCCCCAGUUGUUAUCAGAUCCAGAAAGAUUGCAAAUCCUUUAUUGGUUAAACCACAAACUCCUGCACCAAGACCAGAUCAAAAGAUUGCGUACUAA